AUAUAUUAAAAAAUCUCUUAAUGCUUGCACACAAAUAUCGGAUGUAGGUGUCUUUAAAUGUUAAAUUCUUCUUUUCGGCUGAAUGAAGAUUUAGGGUUAGUUAUUGUACAAUAUGAAGGUUCACGGUCAAGCUCUCUUGGCCUCUUGUAGCCGUUCAUACAGGGUCUUAAAAAUGCAUUUAUUUUCUUUCCUUUCCUCUGUACGAAAUGUCUUUAUACACUCAGAUCUAUUAAUAUAUUUUAGUAAAGAUAAUGGUAGUUUCACCUUGUAAGAAGUGUAAAUGUCAAACAAAUGAACAAUAAAUGUUUAAUUUAGUGUCCCAUUGUGUUACUUUGUCUCUUAAGCUUUUUUGUAGGUCUUAUUGUUCAACAACGACGUCACAAAAAGCACAUUCAAGAAGACGCAAAGACUCUUCAAAUAUUAGGUAUUGGCAGGGUUGGUUGCUAAAAAUGAAUUAAGUGAACAUUCCAUACAAACUUUCUUCUCAUAUUCCUAACAAGAAACUCACUUACCUUUUUAUAUUAAUGCAAAAUAGAAAAAUUACACACGCAUACAAUACAAAUAUUUAAUAUUUUUUGUCAAAAAUGUAAUGUUUUUCAUUGCUUAUUACUGGCUUCCUGUACCUCAAGUGCUCAGCAGUGGUGGGAUAUUUUAAAUGCUGACUGAUGUGCGUAGAAGGUCAAAACAUGCGCACAAGGACUUUGAGUCAACGUGGAGGUACGGCUGCUGCCUUCAGGAGCGGUUGUAAAUAUGAGAUUUCCUCAAACACGACGGUGAAAUUAUGCGGAUAACAUGCUAACAGGGAUAUAUAAUGAUAGUCAAAAGAAUGUAUUACAAAUAAUGUAUAUUAUUAUUAUUGGUCAGUAUACGGCAAUAUUAAGCACUGGUGUUUCAACUAGCAGCUUCUAGCUCUAUCGCUUGUGCCAGUUUUGCGUAUUGUCUUGCACUAUAUUGUUAAUUGUAGCACAGGUAAAAAAACAAAACACUAGGCACCAGCGACCCAGACGGAGCUUCAUUACUUGAAUAUACGCUAAGUAGUGACAUGUACGAGUUUUCUCGGGGACAUGGAAGGCAGCAUCACAAGUAACGCUCCGACGCUGGAAAAGUGUUUAACUGUCAACAAAGUGAAACAAGUCCUCUCCAUGUUCACACACGCUUCGGCUAGCUUGUGUAAAUCACUUUAUUUUUUAAGGCAAAUGUGAGUCUCCUCAGAGUGUCGGAGGACAGACGGAUAUGUUGAAUGUCGGAGGUGUAGAUAAAGCAGAGGGCAGACAUGGAAACCUGCGUUAUGUCCGCGCUGGACAGACCCGCUGCGGAGCUGACGGUCAUGGAUGUGUACGACAUCGCGGCGGUGCUCGGACGGGAGUUUGAGCGGAUCAUCGACAGGUUUGGGUGCGAGUCUCUGGUCGAGGUGGUGCCCAAAGUGGUGCGGGUGCUGGAGCUGCUGGAGGCCCUGGUGAGCAGCGGAGCAGCCGAAAAGGAGGCCGAAGAGCUGCGGAGGGAGCUGGAGAGGCUGCGGCAGGAGCGGAGCGACAGAUCCGGGCAGGAGAAGAAGCACCAGAAGGAGUUGGAGCUGGUGGAGGAUGCGUGGCGAGGAGAAGUCCAGGACCUGCUCUCUCAGAUCACCCAGCUUCACUCUGAGAACAAGAGGCUGGUGGUGAGCCUCUCGCUCAAAGAGUUCCCCGUCACACAGGAGGACCUGCAGAAACAGGAGGGAAUGUCGGAGAAGGAAAGGCAGGUGUUGAAGAAGCUGACAGACUUGGUGGAUAAGCAGAGGGAUGAGAUCCGGGCUAAAGACCACGAGCUGACACUAAAAAAUGAGGAUGUUGAGGCGCUCCAGAUGCAGCAGCACCGGCUGAUUAGAAUCAACCAGGAUCUCCGUCACAGGAUAGGAGUGAUGGAGGCUCAGGGCAAGGCACUGAUCCAGCAGAAGGCCGGGCUGGAAGCUGCAGCACAGGCACGGCAGCAGGAGCUGGUCGCUCUGCAGCUCCAGGUCACAAGGCUGAGAAAGGAGCUCCUGGGGUGGGAACUGGAGAAAGAGGUCACUGAUAUAGAAGAAACCUCUUUUACCAGAUCUGGGAUGUCACCGCCUACAUCCCCACAGAUGACGUCCUCGCCAUCUAACUCCAUCAAACCAAAUUCAGUGUGGGUGGAGUGUGGAGGGGACCCUGGCUUCCUGGCAAACUGCUUUGAGCAUGACAAGAGUCCUUCACUUCUCCCAAGCUCAUCAAAAAGACAAAAUAAUGAGGAAGAGGGUGACAGAGACGAGGACACGACAACAUCGUUACUGAAGGUGUCGGAUGAUACAGAGACAGAGACAGACAGCCUGGAGCAGGACUCAGACAAACCUCGCUUCACCCUGCAGGAGCUGCGGGACGUCCUGCAGGAGAAGAAUGAACUCAAGGCCCAAGUGUUCUUGCUACAGGAAGAGCUAGUACAUUACAAAAGUGAGGAGUUUGAGGAUGACAUCAGCUUCAUGGUCUGUCCGCCAUCUCCUCCACCAUGCUCCAGUUCCACUGAUCAGGCCGAAUCAGGAAUUAGACGCUUGAUCUUCACUGCCAUAAUGCCGAUGGUGGCAGCCGGUUUGAUUGCAGACGACCCUACAUUGCUGCCAAUCAGAAGACUUUUCUUUGUAUGACCGUGCGUUUGAAUUAUACGAUUGGUCUUAUUUUUUUCCACUCUGUUGUCUACACCAGUUUGUUUCUCUCAACAAAGGUUGUCAAUAGACAUAUUUACAAUAAUUGAUUAAGUUGCUGCAUUACUUAACUUAACUAAAUCUGUAUGGUGUUUACACAGUGUCAACUUUUAUAAAACAUUUUGGCCAUAUCUGGACACUUUAAUGUGUGUUUAUGACCUCGAAGAGGCGUCAUCAAAAAUCAUAACGUGAAAUGAUGCACAUGCUGCUGUAAUGUCAAAUAUUUUAGCACCCAAGUUUCCCACUACAUUGCUUGAUCAAAAUACAGUAAUUCUGUCACAUCGUUUCUCAAAAGAUGGAUUGAAUUUCAAGUUUCUUAGCAGUCUCUGAAUAAUGACAUCAAAUAUCAGUGGUUGGUCUAGCUGCUAUAAGACCGAUAAAUGGAACAUCUUGUGUCAUUUAUGAUGUAUCUGAUUAUAUAACAAAUUAUUGUCAAGUGUGUCAGUCAUUUUUCAAGGUGCAGCAAAUGAGCUGGAGGAUCAUGCACCUCUAUUUUCCAUCAAAAGACUGUUUGGGAUAAUGUGCUUAGUCCCCUGAAUUGAUGAAAAGAGGAUAUUACUGUAUACCUGCAGCACUACAUUGUGGCACCACCUUCUAUGGUUUACACGAGUACAAUCAUACUGGUAAAACACCAGUAGGACCAGUAAACCUAUUCCAACAACAGCUCAAUAAUGAGUACUGUAAAAACAUGCCCUAACAGCCAACAGUGUUGCAUCUGUAAAAUAAUGCUUCUCCAGAAUAAAGUAAUAAAGUUUUAUUUUUCAUCUUU